UGAGGUUAGUGAGUGAAUGAGUGACAGGCUGGAGCUCAGAUCUGUCUGAUCAUCGAUCAUAUUAGUGUACCAAGGUGUUCCGCGCUCUUGCAGUUCAAUCUAGAUUGUCAGACGAAGCAAACAGACGGUGUGGCCAUUACCUGAACUGAGUGUUGUCGCGGCAUCCUAAAGCUGUGUUUUGAAUGAACAUUAGUUGUCAGGUCAGUAUCAGAGAGCUGUCCGGAUUUGGACCUGCAUCCCGGUUCCGGACGUGCGGCUGCACAUUCAGAGCCGAGAGGAAUGUCACGCACGUGAAGUUAUGGAUUGCAAAAAGACUCUGAUUACUUUCAGAAACCAUUUUGUGGAGAUUUGAUAGGGGAAUUUAUUUUUUAUUUAAAAACAUUUUUCCCCCCCGAAACUGUGUGCCUUGGGAACGCGCCCGGGGAAUUUAUUUUAUCUUGAAACCGUAAUUUCAGAAUCAAUCCUAUAAUAAUGUUCCAGCACAAAAAGUGUUUCACGAUUGAAUCUCUGGUCGGAAAAGACUCAAACUCCUCCAGCGCUGGAGAUGAACCGAUUCGGCCCACGGCUCUGCGCUACACCGAGUCGGUGCAUCCGGCUCCGUUCGGCAGCUGCUUUCAGAACUCGGCUCGGACGCUGUACGGGAACGUUAACGCGGACAUGAUGUUCCCGGACCCGGGUUCCCACUCAGCCAACUCUGCGCUCGCGCUGCGGCACCUGCCCAUUCCCACCCAGCCGUUCUUCACUCCACACCAGCGGGACAGCCUGCACUUCUACCCCUGGGUGCUCAGAAACCGGUACCUUGGACACCGCUUUCAAGGUGAGGACAGUAGCCCGGAAAAUCUGCUGCUGCAUGGACCAUUCUCGCGCAAGCCCAAGCGCAUCCGCACGGCCUUCUCCCCCUCACAGCUGCUGCGACUGGAGCGUGCUUUUGAGAAAAACCACUACGUAGUGGGUGCAGAGCGCAAGCAGCUGGCCAACGGCCUCUGCCUUACUGAGACCCAGGUAAAGGUAUGGUUUCAGAACCGGAGAACCAAGCACAAGAGGCAGAAACUGGAAGAGGAAUCACCUGAGCUGCAGCAGAAGAGAAAGGGAAACCAACACGUGAACCGCUGGAGAGUAGCUACUCAGCAGGGCAGCCAGGACGACAUAGACGUCAUCUCUGAGGACUAAUGUCAUGAAUGCACGUAUAAUAACACUCUGCAUCGCAGUCAUAAUUAGAGGGAAAAUACAGAGGAGAAAUAAUAAACAAACUAAGCGAAUACCAGUCGAGUUUCAGACCUAGUCAUGAAUCGUCUUGGCUGUUAAAACUAAGGAACAGAAAUCUGUGCUGUCAGCUGAAAAAUUAUGUGUGAGCGGGCACAGCGAGGAUGCCUCAGCGCGAACUGCUCCAAAAGAUUUGAUUCCAAGACUUUUCGUAUGCAAUACAAACAGACCUCUACAGUUUGGGACUCCAUCACAGAGCAUCAAAGAGCGUCUAGUUUUUAACUCCCUCACCCCUCUGCUGUCCACUUGAACAUUUCCAUCUCAAUGUAUUAUGUUUGCUCUGGUUAAGACAACAUUCUGAUGGAUGGAUUGUUUGUUUUGUACUGUUGAAUUGUCAAACCGUUCAACCGCAUGGUUAAAUUCUCUACUGAAGUCAAACUCUCAGCCUUAGAUGUACCUUAAGAUAUUUUGUGGAUUUCUGUGUUAUGCAACGUUUCAUUUUUUUAUUUAGUUUUUUUUACCCUCAGCAAUGAGCAGCAGGUUUUUAAUGAACAUAUGGCAUUGACGCAGAUCUGACACAUUUCACAGUCUCCCGUUAUGUGCAUUAGGGCAAUUGGCCACUUAAAAUAUUUUAUUUGUUCAGAAUGAGCAAACUUUUCUAUGCAUUUGAGUGCCAAGUUUCACUGACAUCAGGGUUUAAGCAAGAAACCUAAUUUGUUGUUAAAUGUCUUACUAUGUAAAAUACUUUGGGGAUUUGUUUAUUUUUUUUUCUUCUUUUCAUUAUGACUCAAAUUUUAAAAGUGAAACAUCAACAGAAAGAAUCUAAUUAACUAAUUGAGAAAAAAAUCAUUUACUUCAUAUUGAAAAUGAGAGCAUUUGUAGUGUAUCAUUUAAGGUCCAGAAACAGUUUGUAGCACUUCAUGACAGAUUUUUGGUUUAAUGAGGACAAGAGAUUGCACUGUAACCGUACCAGUUCAUUUUUAUCUGUUGUCUUGAAAUUCUUGUUUUGUACUUGUUUCCUGUUUCCUGCAGAUGAUUAGAUAAUUAAAAAAAAACAUUGAUCUGAAUAAGGAAUUAUUCAUCACUUUUCCAUAACUGGUACAGGUAGUAAAUUGCUAUAAUUAUUUAAGUAUAGUUUUUUUUUUUUUUUUUUUUUUUUUUGCAAUAAUCAUCAUUAAAAAAGAUUAUUUAGAUUUUUUUCCGCUGUUUAUUUUUUCAGAUCAUUUUCAUUAAACUUACUCAUUAAAAGAUAAAGACACUUGUUUGCCUUAUGUAUUAAGUAUAAUUAUUGGGCUUAAAUAGAAAAAGCAUAGUCAAAUCAAUCCCAAACAAUCACAUACAUAUUUAUAUAUUGAAGAAUGUACAUAAUGAUAAGUGCAGAUUUACUUUUGUUUUCUUUUGGAUUUAUAUUGACUUAGCCAUGUUGAAAUUGUAGUGAUUUCCUUGCCUGCCCAUUAAAGCUGUCCUCAUUAAAUCUGUCCUCCAAGUAGGGCCUAAUUAUUUUCA